AUGGUUGCAAUCACUUGCAACGCCGUGGGGGACAUCAUCGCCGUAGCAUCAUUCAUCCUCGACAUCGCACGCGCGCUCAACGAUAUCCGCGGCUCCGCCUUUCAAUAUCGUUCCUUCACCGAGGAGCUGCACGGACUGCAUACCAUGCUCACCAUCGCGGCCCGUAUCGCUGUGAACUGCGCGGACAAGGCCCUCAGCGACGAGAUCGUCCGCAAGGUCGACCAAUGUGGGCGCGACGUCCAGCGCGCGUUUGAGCGCAUUGCCCAGUUCUCUGUGCUCGGCGAGGAUCAUGUCACCGGAGAAGCCUCUCGCAUCAAGUUGAAACGGCAGUGGAUUAAGGUCAAGUGGCAUUUCACGCAACAUGAAGAUACGCAGACAGCGCGCGAGGAGCUCGCGAUGGCGACUCAGCGUUUGACAGCGCUGCUUGUCCUCUCCAACACGGAUGGUGCAGCGCGCUUCAGGACACAACUGUUGAGCCAGCUCGAGGUUCUCGUCGCACGCGAUUCUACGCUUUCCCACGUUGUAAAGAGCGAGACUGCGGUGCGGGCCCGGCUGCCCAUCGCUUCUCGUACCCGUAGAGAUGACCCCGCACUGGUGCAACACUUAUUCGACCAUGUCCCACAUUGGGUGGACAGUAGGACUGCCACGGUCGCCGUACUGUGUGCUGCUGUAUGCGCCAUGCAUGGACCGUACGACCACCUCGUGCCCACGGCGCUUCUUCUGGUUGCCAUCUGCAUCUUGUUACGAUCACCAGAAUCACGCACCCUUACACUACCACAAGACGUCGCAUACCCAACGGGCAAUACCAUCACGCUCCUCGACGCUCUCGGUCGGCGGCUCACACUUCCGUAUGAGCUUUGCGGAAGUUAUGAUGUCUUUCACGCUACGCUUGUCAAUCUGUUUUCCUGCACAGAAGGUCGCUGGUUCGUCGACGCGCAUAAAUAUGAUCUCUCAAGCGGCUCCGCGUGUGUUGAUGCCGCGGGCUGGGGCUCACUCGUUCACCCCGGGGUGGAGAUUGAGAUGGCCAUCAUCGUGGAACGGGUCGUCUUCAACUUGGCCAGACUCGGCAUUACCUGUCCAGUAUGCCACUUUGACAACGUCGGGGACACCUACCGGGCUCAGGCUACGUGUAUGAACUGCCAUAGGGCGCUUAGCGUGGCUGUGUUCCUCCCAGAGGUUCUGCCUCCUGGUCAUCAAAGCGCGGCAGACAGCUCCAAAAGCAUUGCUGUGCGCGACCGCGGGUUUCUCCCUGCUCGAUCCAGACCGGCAGCGCUCCCCGCCUCCUCUGGACUGCGCCCUGCCUCGGCCUGUAGAGGCGCGCUAAGGCAUCCUGACUCUGCCAACCUCACCUACGGCACUGAACAGCCUACCACCAUGGUCUGGGCGACACAAAUCAAGGAGUUCCGCCGCUUUCGCACCCAUAUUCGAUCAUCCGAAUCCCUGAGCUAUUCCAACCUCAGCUUGACGUUCACUGGCCCGGCGCCGGAUCGCCACGUUCUUCUGGCGGCUGCCGAGAACGGACAUUAUAAAGUAGCAUCCGGCAUCCUCGACGCCGGUCUGGACGUCAACAGUUGCGACGUGUCCGGGUUCACAGCAUUGCAUCUCGCCUGCUGGAAUGGACAUGCUCGCGUAGCAGAACUUCUGCUGCAACGCGGAGCGAGCGUCGAUGCCGCUACUCUUGAUGAUGUGACUCCCUUCGCCUGUGCACUGAUGUCAAUGCAACCCGAUGUGUUGGAUCUACUGCUCGAUCACAAGGCGAUCGUGAAUGCGUCUGAAGCACUUCAGGCGGUUGCAUUGCACAUCGCGAUUAUAAUGUCCAAUGCAGAUGUUGCGCAGAUGCUUGUCGGGCUGGGUAUCGACAUCAAUCGACCGCUAUGCAAGAUCUUCUCCGCAACACCGUUGGAUACCGCAGUGCGGCAAGUCAACUACCAGCUCGUCGAGAUGCUCUUGCAACAUAAUGCGGACGUCAAUGUACGGUCCAACGCGGGUCUUACGCCGCUUGAGCUCGCGGCUCAAAGCGGACAAGAAGACAUCUUCGAACUGCUCUUCGCCGUCCAGAUAUCAGUCUCCCACGAUCUAUCUUCUGUCAUGGACGGGACACUUCACUACGCAAUACUCGGCGGGAACUCUAGAGUCCUCGAGAUUAUGCUCGAGACAGGGAUAGACGCGCGAAAACGCUUAUCGGGCGGUAUGUCGCCGCUCUCGAUGGCCUCGGAGCUCGGGCACGUACAGCAGGUGCAGCUCCUUCUCGCACAUGGCAGCGAUGCCAAUGCAGAUGCCUUGCCAUCGCCGCAUACGUCACUAUACGGACACCGAUGGGAACAUGAAUGGACGCCAUUGCACGCUGCAGCAUAUACUGGUCGUGCCGCUGGUGUCGAGAUUGUCGAGCUUCUGAUACAGCACGGCGCUGAUGUCAACGCAUCCACAACGAUCGGCGGAUAUACACCGCUUUCCCUUCUACUCGAGCGCAAACGGAACGCGAUGGUGUGGCCGUUCAUGUUCCACGACGAGGAGAUCAUCGAGGUGCUUCUAUCUUGGGGUGCUAUGUUGGACGAACGCUCGUGUGGACUACUGCGCGAGCUAGGAUCCCCACUAUGCGAGGAUGGUAUGGACGGUGUCAUGGUUCCCGGUGCCUGGAGUGACGAUUAA